AUGGCCCACGAGACCGGCGUGUCGGGGUGGUCCCUGUUUGCCUUAGAGCGCAACCUGACGCGCCACCCGCCGCCGCCCGCCUGCUUUGGCGUCGCAUGGGCCUCUCCCCCCCAGGGCGCGCUGUCCCCCGCGCUCAUCUCUGCCCCCGAGGACGUCGCCCCCGGCGCAGUGGACUCCAACGGCCAGCCCGUUGAUGCACUGCUGUACGCGGCCACCUGGGGGCUGCAGCCGCUGCUGCACAGCCCCAAGGACGCCGCCGCGCCAGACGCGUGGGCCAAGUUUGUGGCGGACGUGCGCACAGUGCUGGGCGCCCUGGCCACACAGCCCGCACAGGUGGCAGCCGGCGCCGGCAGCGGCCGCGGCGGCAGCGGACCCGGUGGCGACACCCGCGUUGGCGGCGCCGCUUCGAUGGAGGUCGACGGCAUGGGGGACGAGGACAGCGGCAGCGGCGGCGGCGAGGGCACCGUGGGCUACCUGUCCAGCCCUCAGCUGUUCGGGCUGCAGCUGAGGGACGCAACCUUCAGGAGGGACCUGCUGGUGUUGAUCCUCCUGCAGGCGGUGCAGGUGCCGGUCAAAUCGCAGGACCCCACCCUCAGGGCAAAGCAGGUGCCAGAGGCGCAGGCGCUGGAGGGGGAGGUAUAUGCGGCGCUUGAGGCCACGCCAGAGAACGGCAAGGCCUUUGCAGCGGCCGUGCGCAGCGCGCUGCAGCGCGAGGAGGGCUGGGUGCAGUGGAAGCGCGGCGGCCCGCCCCCCAUACCGCCGCCCAAGGAGCGCGUGCAGCCCUGCCCCGACUUUGAGCUGCAGCCGCCGCAGCGUGGGCUGGGGGAGCGCGUGGCGGAGGGCGCGGCGGCAGCGGCGGCGGAGGCCACCCGCACGCGGGCGCGGCGCGAGGCGUGA